UACUUGUGUGGGGAGGAAGAAGCUUGCACCUAUCUUUGCAGAAGCUCUUAACCACUCACCAAAAUGGUAGUUUUCACAUGCAGUGCAUGUGGAGAGUCGGUGAAGAAAGCACAAGUUGAAAAACACGUGAACAUUUGCAGAAACUGUCAGUGCCUUUCUUGCAUGGAUUGUGGCAAGGAUUUCUGGGGUGACGAUUAUAAGGACCAUGUGAAGUGCAUAAGCGAAGACCAGAAAUAUGGUGGUAAAGAUUUUGAAGCCAAAACUAACAAAGGAGAUGCUAAACAACAGGAGUGGAUUCAGAAAAUUCAUGAAGUAAUGAAGAAGCCCAACAUUAGCCCUAAAGUGCGGAACGUUUUGGAGCAAAUGCGUGUCUUUGAUAAUAUUCCAAGAAAAAAAGUAAAAUUUCAGAAUUGGAUGAAGAACAGUUUGAGAAUCACUGACGGCACUUUGCAAGACCAGGUGUGGGACAUUUUUUCCGAAGCAACCAGAAAUAUUUCAAGUGAAAAAAAACAAGACAAGCCACAACAGAAGGAAGAAGGCCAGUCUGCAGAAAGUGGGAAAAAAACAAUUGGAGAAGAAAAUGGAAUUACAGAUGAUAAAACUGAGAGGAAAAAAAAUAAGAGAGAAAGAAAAGAAGAGAGACAAAAGAACAAAAAGAAGGAGAAAAAAGAACUGAAAUUAGAAAACCAGCUAGCAAGCUCAGAAACAAAAAAGAAUAAAAAGUCCAAAAAAGGAAAGGAAAGCAUAGAGAAUGAAUUUGAAAUAAAUGGAAAUGGCCAUCAAAGUGAAACGGAAGAAGAAACAAAUGUAAAGAAACGCAAACGUAAACAUGCAGAAGAGGAACCUCGUAUCACAGCUAAGAAAAUGAAAAAGGAAAAUGUUUCAGGAGAUGUAGGAACAGAAGAAAACACCAAUGCCAGUGAAAGCGUGGGAACAGAUAAAGGAAAAUUCAACUGGAAAGGAACCAUCAAAGCUGUUCUGAAACAGGCUCCAGACAACGAAAUUUCAAUUAAAAAAUUAAGAAAAAAGGUUAUAGCUCAGUAUUAUGCAGUAGCUGGUGAACAUCACAGAUCAGAAGAGGAUAUUCUAGUCAUAUUUAAUAAGAAAGUCAGUAACAAUCCCAAAUUUAGAGUUUUAAAGGACAAAGUUAAACUCCUGAAGUAAGAGUUUUCAAACUUUCAUAACAUUUGCAUUUUAGACUUGCAGACUGAAUCUAAUUCUUCUGUCAAGGUAUGCAAACACUAUGUUCAUUGGUCUCAAUUUAAAUUGUUUGUGUAUGUGAGAGCAGAAUUUAACUUCUAAGACUUUCCUGGAUUCCUCCUCUUUUUAAAAAAUUUAUCACAGAAUACUUGGGAUGUGCUGCAUUUUUGUUUUCAGAUAUUUUAUUUUUUGAUUUUAUGGAAAAUGUCUAUUUUUUAUACAACUUUCAAGAGGCAAUGAAAAUAAUUGCUGCCUACUGUAUUGAAAUUCUUCCCCGAUGGAUAUAAUUUAUGGGUAAGAAUGUUUAUCAAAACCGGGUUUGUAUAGCAUUUUUGCAGAAACUAUUGUAAGGGCAAAUAUAAUUUUCAUGUUCAAAAACUCACCAUGAAAAAAACGUUUUAUGUUACAAUUAGAGAUGAAAUCACUGAUAUCUCUUUUAUACACCAUAGCUUGUAUAUGCAGGUUUUUAUAACCUGUUAAAUUUGUAUUUUAAAAUGUGUUAUUAAAGUAUCUUUCAAGUUCAUGUAUAUAAUAUUGCCCAUUCAAUGAACAUUUGCUUUAGUGACUGACCUAACUGUAUAUGCAAAGCUACUUUACUGUUUCAAUUAGUAAUGCAGCUGAAUUCAAUAUAAGUGAUGUCACAUGGACUAAAAAAUGACGGACCAAACAAAUGGCUUUAAAACAACAUCUUAAAUACAAUAAAUCGUGCCAGUUGUUUUCAUUAUUGUAUAAAAGACUGUCCAUUCAUUGAAUCCACAAAUUGUACUAGAUUGGAGGAGACUGAAGUCACAGGAACAAAAAAAAAAAAAAAAAAAAAUUGGAAAUCUUACAAGCAGGUAAAGAAAGAGUUGUGUAGAGAAAGUUAUGUGAAGUUAAACGGUUUUAACCAAAUGCAAAAUGCUUCCAAGAUAAGGUGGUUUCAUACCAUGAAGGUGAUCUCUUAAGCGCAGUGAUUGGAAGCUAGUUAAAAUUUCUUCAAGUAGAUGCUAUGGUGUUCUGGAAAGUUGCGUAGUGGUUCCAAGAAACUACAUCGGUAUACUUUUAUAAAAAUCCCUGAUUAAAAUAUCUGAAUUUAUAAAAUAUUGAAUAUAUUAAAAGUAUAGAUGUGAAAACUUUUAACUGUCUGAUACACUGGGUCCAGUCUCUUUCUUCAUAUAUAUUUUUGUCUUGUUCAUAAUAAAAACUGCAAUCAAAAAUACCUACGCGAUUGUUGUCAACUCAUGGAAAGGCCUUUGAAGAUAGGUGAUUAAAAUGCAUUUACAUUCAUGGAGAAACUUCUCAAAGUUGUUUUAACAAAUUUCAAAAAUUUAUUUCUUUUUUUUUUAAAUUUAGGAAGGCACAUAUAGAAGAAUAAGGUCUUGUCAGUAAAAUUAAAAUGAAUACGGUUUUGAUGAUCUUUUCACUGGAUUUGUUUUACAGCAAAUAUUUUACGUUAAGAUGUAAAAUGGUUCUUACAGUAAUGAUUAUAGGGUGAAACUUUUUUAAUUAGCAUUCAUUGCAGAUCAUGCCAGUCCCUUGUAUUUUGCAUAUUCCAUUGUCACUGCCAUAACGUGUGGUUGACACAAAUCUAUAGAAAGCUAUGUUUGCUCUGCUUUAUAAGAAUGUAGAAUAUCAUCAGCCAUGACAGCAGCUGCUGCCUGUAGUCAUUAGUGCUGCUACAACUGUGGGUGCUAAUUCUGUGCUGUGCCUCCAACCUCUUCUCCCUAUUGCAAACGGUCAAACUAGGAUCUGAAGUCUCUGUCUAGCGCUUUGGAAUACCAGUCCCACACCCACAAGCCGGGACUGUCUUCUUGCCUGUCUGCCUCCGCUCUCAUCAGCUGUCUGGUUCUAACUGCCUUUGUGCAGGCGAGUGAGUAUCUUGCAGCUCAGGUCAACUUCUGAACAGGCCUGCAGAAGCUGUCUCUGUGCAGUGCUCUGUGUACUAGCAACGCUGGCCAUGCUACAAUUGGAAACUCCUGCGUUACCUGCACGUUUUUUCAGUAUAGACCUACAUUGGUCUUGACCUAGUUAUGAAUGCAGCUCCAUCUUUUUUCUCUUUCAAACUGCUAAGGGCAGUUUGGAUUCUGUAUGCGUUAAAAAGAUUCACAACAAAUUUUUGUGUCAGAGUUUGUUGCAAGUUACUUGACAGCUUGGGAGAAUGACAGUUUACUGCUCCUGGAAAGCAUCAACAUCUUCCAGUCUGCAGACAAAGAAGUAUUAUACUUUGCAAGUUAGUGUAUUUUUCCUUCUGAAUGAUCCUGGAAGUAGUGUAAUAAACAAGAGGAGUCUAUGCCACUAAUUAUAAUCAUUACAAGUCCAUGCAUGGUAGCCAUACUGACACGGCUCUCCAGUAGAAAAAGACCUCUGUGGUGUUUUUUUUGUUUUUGUUUUUGUUUUUUGUUGUUUUUUAAUUAGAGAAUUAAUAGAUUCCUCAGAGGACUGAAACUGGAGUUUCCACUUCCAAGAGACUGGAGCUCUAAUUUACUGCUAUGAUGACUAUCAGAUUGAGGUUACCCUCUUCUUUAAAACUACCGGUUUAGUGGUAAUCAUUUCAGAUGGAGCCAUACUCCCUUACAGACCGUUAUUUGGAAUUUUUCAUGAAGGCAAAAAGCUAGUAAGACCUACCUACGUUCAGAGAUAAUUAAUGCCAAUAUUUACCAGUAUUUUUAAAAAUCCCAUGCAUCUGUUGCAAUGAAUUUAUGUACCUUGGAAGCUCUUUUAAGUGUUUGUAGUACAACCUUAAGAUUUAGCAAAUGCAAGAGGCCAACAGUAUCAAUUUAUGAGUGGAUUUCUGAUUGCAUUCAGAUAGCGUAUAAUGUUUAAUAUGAUAGUCCAGCUAGUGUAAGAGCACAGCAGGGCACAACUCUCCAGUGCUAAUUUGGAACUACGUACAGCAGCUGCUUGGAAUUCAAUCAGUAUGUUCAUUAAACAUUAUUAUCUGAUCCCAGCUUUGAGGUCAGAUGAUUAAUUUGACUGAGCAGCUCUUAAAUCCUCCUUCGAGUGACUUUUGAGUCUUUCACCUUCAAAAGCAAACAACAGGACUGACUUCCGUACCUACAUGUAGUUGAAGAAGCAAUAUCUAGUGCUGUUACGGUAACAGGUGGUUCUAGAUGUUCUGCGUAUGCUGACGGCCCUCCCUCCCUCUUGCUAUUCCUUCUUUCAUGAUCUGGAUCGACUAUGGCAGGCCACUGCCAUUGAUGCCAUGUUUGAUGCCCAUAGAAAUUUAGGUGACAGCAUCCACAUUUGACCUUUUAAAGAAAUUUGGCAAUGGGUACGUGAUGAACCAGAAAGUUCAUCAUCUGUGAUUUAGGUUCAGUGAAGUCAGUUGGUAAUGGUUAUAUAUGGACAGGAAAGAUGCAAGUGUGUCCGACCUGCACGCUGCUGAACUCCUCCUGCUCAAGUACAUGCAAAGUACAAAACAUAAAAGAACUGCCAUGACUGAAAACUAAGCAGACCUUUAUUUUAUUUUAUCUGACCGAACAGCUAGGUUAGUCGAGUUUCUUUCAAUAGCAUGCCAGCGUACUGGGCUUGUAUUGCCCUGGGAGGAUUUAUCACCUGAAUUAUCAGCUUCAUUUCCUGCAGCAUUUCGUCAUAAAGCCAUCAAAACCACAUCUGAACUAUGGUACAGUUGAAAUGUGUACCCGGGGAGAUAGAGCAAAAUCUAGCACAAGAUGAUAUGACUGCAUCCUACUAAACCCAUUACAGGAUUUUGGGCAGGGGUUCUCCUUGGUUCUGUGAUUGUAAGUGCUUGUACCUCAGAUACUAUGAAGGAUGUUUUAGCAAACUUUCAGAUAGAAAACUAGUAUCUAUGGAGCAUUUUCAGUGUAAGAUACCUUAAGUCAUAGUAUUUGAUCGUUUGCACACAGUGACUGAACUUCCCACGCUCUUGAGGUGGCUUUGCUUUCAGGUGGACUUUCAGGUGGAAGCUGCAUUGAGGUAAAAAGAAAAAAACAGGUCACUGAGCUGUUGCAGAACCUCAAAAUCAAAACAGCUCUCUUAGGACACUCCUGCAUUGUUUUCUACUCUGAUAUCUUCCCAGAUCUAACAGACCUUAUCUCUUGGUACACAAGCUUGCUGUGCAGUUCAGAUAAUACUAGUAAUGCACCGUUCAUUAAAGUAAGACCUAAGUGUUAGUGUCUGAACAUCAAACAAACCAAAAGGCUGAGGACCUACAGCACCUCCUGAAGUUCUUUAGCCCAGAUAUUUUUAGAGCAGCAUCAUCUUUUCCACUAUUAAGUUUCUAGUUACUGUACUAUGUUUAUGCUUUCAGAACAAAAGGGUAUUGCUGAACGGCAUUAGGCCAUGGCAGUACAGCAGAAUCACACGGCUGAAAGACACUCAUCUUUUUUUGUGUUUUUCUCUCUGGGAAUCAAUAGUAAUAUUCAGAAAGGCACGUUACUAUUUUGCAGCUGUCAUUUUACUUUCUAAGGAAAAGACAGGGAGGCUCUCCAAACUUUUGCUGAGGCAGGAAAGCUACUAUAAAGCAUGUAACUAAAAAAAGUACAUAAGGGAACAUGACUGUCAGUUCUGCUUUGGGCAUUUUCUAAUUUAAAUGCAUGAAUGUGUAACAUUAAAGCUAUUAUUUUAACGUAGUUUGUAUAGAAUAUAUCUAAAUAAAAAGGUAAAUAGUUAUUUUACUGACAAGAACUGGCGAUUUUUUACUUAUGUCCUUUAAU